AUGGUACCAGAGGAAGAUGAUUCGACAGAGGAGAGGAUGUCAUUCAAGGAAAUGCUUAUGAGGCAUAAUGGUGAAUGGGAGAUGCAUGAGGCGGAGGAGGAAUUCCAAUCGGAAAAGGAGGAUGAAAAUUUUGUAGAUGCAGAGGCUGAAUCAAAGGAAGAUUCAAAGAACCCAGAGGUCGUUCGCGUAAAGGAUGGGGACGGUAAAACUAAUUUUCAGCUGUCUGCUGGUUUCAAGAAGCGUGCAUGGAUGCCCUGGAGAAAGGCGUUGUAUGAGAAGCUGCUAGGAAAGAAACUUGCCCUCCCUAUUAUGAAGAAGCGUCUGGAGAACAUGUGGGCAAGGGAAGGAAAAAAUUUUGUCACAGAUGUGGAAAACGGGUUUUUUUUUUUAAGAUUUUCUGACAAAAAAGACAUGGACUUUGCUGUUACUGCUGGACCUUGGGUUUUGUUUGAUCAUUAUUUAGCUAUUAGGUUGUGGGAGCCUGAUUUUCAAUCUCAUUUUGCUGCUAUUGAUCGUAUUCUGGCUUGGGUCUGUCGUCCUAGCUUUCCAGUAGAAUAUGUUAACACAGAGUUAAUAAAUGAAGUAGGCAAUUGGCUAGGAAAAUUUGUAAAGAUGGAUGCUGCCACAACCUGCCUGGUUAGGGGAAAUUUUGCAAGAAUUUGUGUUGAAUUAAAUUUGGGGGAACCACUGCAUGCAGAGUACAAGAUAGAAGGAAAAUUAAAACAAGUUGAGUAUGAGAGGUUGCAUUUUGUUUGCUUUAACUGUGGAAAAUAUGGGCAUCGAUCUGAGAACUGUCCAUCGAAAGCAAUGCAAGUAUUAGCUGAAACAAGUGGAACUAAUAUGCUGGAAAAUAAUAUGGGGGAGGACAAACAAGAAAAUAGGGACCUGGAAAAUACAGAAAACAAGCAGGAAGGAAACUAUGGUCCCUGGAUGCUUGUUAACAAACAGAGGAGACAAAAUAAGAAUGUCAUCAAUCAGGGGGGGAAAGAAGGAUCUUCUGCUGUUAAUGAUGGUAAUUUGAAAAGCUCUAGAUUCAGUGUUCUGUAUAAUGUAGAAGAAAAUGAGGAAAGGAAGGUUGUAGAUGAGAAGGAAAAUAGUUUAUCCUUUCAUAGGGACUUGGGAAUGACAACAGAGGUAGGAAAAAAAAAGGGAGUUCGACCUUCUAAUCAAGUAGUGGAAACUGCCAAUGGGUAUAUUGUGGUGGAUGGGGAGACAGGAAAAAAAAUUGAAUGUUUGGAGCGUGUGGGUAAGAAUGGUGGCCAAUCUGCUGUUGCUGGAAAUCCGAAUCAUGAUGCUGCGGAGGAUAACAAAAUGGCUGUGGAUAAUCAGGGUAAUCAGGAAGGAGGUACGGUUGGUCAAAAUCAAGGGAAAGGUGAUGUUACUCACGAAGAGCUCUCUUCAAUCCAAAGCACAAGUCUCAAUUGGGUGAGGAGAAGGUCUGUGAAUCAAGGUCAAAAAUCUCUGGAUCAGUCUAAGAAACAUGUUUCUAGACCUCCAGAUACUUUGGCUCAAAGUACCAAGAAGUUAGAUGAAAAUAAAAGGAGUAGUUCCUUGGUUCGUACACAUCUGGUGAAUAAAUCAGAAGCUCAGGGGAAGCAGGAAGCUCAAGGGUUUUCAGGAGGAAUCUGGGCUAUAUGGUCUUCAAAUAAGUUUCUGGUGGAUAUUAUAAAACAGUCUACGCAAUUUAUGCAUAUGAAUAUCAAGAUUCAAGGUCAUUCCCAUUUUGUAUGUACUGCGGUCUAUGCAAGUCCUAGGAAAGUUGAAAGACAACAACUCUGGAAUGACUUGAAAGAUAUUGGAAACUCAUCCUCGGAGGCUUGGAUUAUGGGGGGUGAUUUUAAUAAAAUUGCUAGAAUGUAUGAGAAAAAGGGAGGUAAUCCUCCUGAUAGCAGUAAAUGUGAGCUGUUCAGUUCGGUGCUUGAUGACUGUAAUGUUGUUGAUUUGGGUUGCAGUGGGUCUCCCUUUACUUGGCAAGGUCCUAAAUGGGGUCAUUUGGAUAGAAUUUUUUAA